AUGGCUUUAAGUCCGCCUUAUAGAUUCUACCUUCUCACAUCCCCUCGCACAGCUUCUAAUCUCUUAAUACGUAUGCUCAAUCUUCAAAACCAGCCUAGUUUGCUACAAGGUUCAAAGAACGAGUACUUUUUUGAACCUACUUUGGCGUGGAAAUUUGAAAACAAGACUAUCGGAAUUCACAUUGAUGAAUUGGGGAAAUUGCAAAAGGCGGAAUUGAAGCAUUCCUACCAGAUCUGUUUUGAAGCACUUUCAGAACAAGUCAACGUCGCUGCUGCACAGGGAAAGAACAUUUUCGUGAAAGAACAUGUCGGCUGGUUAACAGAACCCGUGGCUGAGACUGAAUUUGUGUUCGGAGAGCACAGCGCUCGUGAGCUGCCAUGGACCAUCCAUACGUCCUACAACUCGACACACUCUGCACUGAACAAGACCAUUCUACCUGAUGAAUAUCUGAAGACCUGGUUGCCUACAUUUCUAAUUCGGCAUCCUACGUUGACUUUCCCGUCUAUCUAUCGUACGACCGUCGACAACGAAGGUCGACAAGCAGCAAGAGACGAUCCCGUACACACGUUGGAGAUGACCAUGCACUGGUCGCGGGUGCUAUACGAUUGGUACAUGCAGCAGGAACAUCUAUCUCGUUUCAGUGCUGAGAAUGGGACAAAUUGGCCUAUCAUUCUCGAUGCUGAUGAUGUUAUGCUAAACCCUCAAGUUAUGAUCAGGUAUAGCAAGAUCGUUGGUUUUGAUCCAUCAGUUUUGAGAUUUUCGUGGGAGGCUACCAGCAGAGAGGAACUAGAGCAGAUGUCUAAGCUGGAAAGACGUAUGCGUUCGACGAUAUCGGCCUCUACCGGAAUCUUGAAAGAGAAGGCAUCGGCGGACCUGAAUAUUGAUACAGAAGUGAUCAAAUGGAGGACUGAGUUCGGUCAAAAAGAAGCGGAGAAAAUCGCAAGCUGGGUAAGGGCCGCAAUGCCAGACUAUGAAUAUAUGAAGGCAAGACGACUGGGCCCGGUGUAA